AUGAAUUUACCCCACAAUAGCAUCCCGCCUAACGCUAACGAGAGUUUGAUCCCCAGAAAUGUGGACGCAAAGACCAGGCACAAGAGAAACCCAUUCUCCAUCAUGGACAUAAGCAGUCACUUGAGCAUUAUUCCAUUCCCCCAGUAUAACACCAACUUCCUUUUAAGUAACGACGCCAAAUUCAAAAUGUAUAGAAACAAGAUGUUUGGCAUCCCAAUUGAUAUGACCGACUUGAGGGACAAGUCCAAACAUUUUAACAACACUAUUGGUAGUAGUGACAAUGGGAAGAGAAACAUAACCUAUCAAAUGGUUGCCAAAAAUGAUGCACCAGAAAAGGUCAAAUAUAUUUACCAACCAGCCAUACCGGAAUCUGCCUUUACUUUGCAGUUCCUAAAAAGAAAUAUGAAGAGCACAUGCGGGAUGUAUCUAGAGAAGUGCAAACGAGUGAUCAUUUUUGAUUUGGAUGAUACGCUCAUUCCGACCAACUGGAUCAGAUCCUUUUUAUUGACAAGGUGUGCAGUUAGCUAUAAACAGGGCAUAAAAGAAUUGAAGAAGGAAAUUCAGUUAAAUAAAAAAUGCAACUUUGAAUCAGUUGCUUGUUCCGUAAUUCAUUUGGCCAUGUCCUUGUCACACACUGUGUUCAUCGUGACCAAUGCGCGUAGCGACAAGUGGAUCGAGACAAAAAAAAAGUUUGAUGAUAUUCUUAAGCAGCACUACAACCUCUACCGCCCGUACAUCUCACACAAAAUUGAUUUUAUUUCCCUGGGCGACACCGACUUUGAGGAAGUAGCGACUUAUGAGUUACAACUAGCCAACACGGGGUUAAUUAACAGAGCCUUCAACGUGAAGGUGCAGGCGGGCCUGUCCCUGGAGGACUUCACAGGGGUAAGAAAAAAGGGAAAGGAAACAACGCGUUUGCACAAUUAG